AUGACUCCAGCCGCAGUUGAAUCUUCUAUCAAUUUUGGAAGUCACUCCAAAAUAAAAACUACACAAGACCCAUUGGUGAAGCAACUUUCUCUUGGUGAGGAAACUACUAUCAGACAUAAUGCUCCACCUCCAACCUUGUACGAAGAUGGUCUUUUGGAAAAGGGAACCACCAUCUCCUCCACUGGUGCUUUAUUAGCUUACUCUGGUAAGAAGACUGGUAGAUCUCCAAAGGAUAAAAGAAUUGUUGACGAAGAAACCUCCUCUCAAAAUAUUUGGUGGGGACCUGUUAACAAGCAAGUUGACGAAUUAACCUGGAAAAUUUCUAGAUCAAGAGCUUUAGACUACUUGAGAACCAGAGAAAAGUUGUUCGUUGUUGACGCUUACGCCGGAUGGGAUCCAAGAUACAGAAUCAAGGUUAGAAUUAUCUGUGCCAGAGCCUACCACGCUUUAUUCAUGACCAACAUGUUAAUCAGACCAACUGAAGAAGAAUUAGCCAACUUCGGUGAACCAGAUUUCACUAUCUACAACGCUGGUCAAUUCCCAGCCAAUGUCCACACUAAGGGUAUGACUUCUUCCACAUCUGUUGAAAUUAACUUCAAGGAUAUGGAAAUGGUUAUCUUAGGUACUGAAUACGCUGGUGAAAUGAAGAAGGGUAUCUUCACCGUUAUGUUCUACUUGAUGCCAAUCAAGCACAAGGUUUUAACUUUACACUCAUCUUGUAACCAAGGUACUGACAAGGGUGAUGUUACCUUAUUCUUCGGUCUUUCUGGAACUGGUAAGACCACUUUAUCAGCUGAUCCAAACAGAAAAUUGAUUGGUGAUGAUGAACAUUGUUGGUCCGACAACGGUGUUUUCAACAUUGAAGGUGGUUGUUACGCCAAGUGUUUGGAUUUAAGUGCCGAAAAGGAACCAGAAAUUUUCAACUCUAUCAAAUUCGGUGCUAUUUUGGAAAACGUUGUUUACAACCCAGAGUCUAAGGUUGUCGACUACGAUGACUCUACCAUCACUGAAAACACUAGAUGUGCAUACCCAAUCGAUUUCAUCCCAUCUGCUAAGAUUCCAUGUAUGGCUGAUGAACACCCAACUAACAUCAUCUUAUUGACUUGUGAUGCCUCCGGUGUAUUACCUCCAGUUUCCAAGUUGUCUAACGCUCAAGUUAUGUACCAUUUCAUCUCUGGUUACACUUCCAAGAUGGCCGGUACUGAAGAAGGUGUUACUGAACCACAAGCUACUUUCUCCGCUUGUUUCGGUCAACCAUUCUUGGUAUUGCACCCUAUGAAGUACGCUCAACAGUUAUCUGACAAGAUCUCUCAACACAAUGCUAACGCCUGGUUAUUGAAUACCGGUUGGGUUGGUGCUUCUGCUGCCAGAGGUGGUAAGAGAUGCUCAUUAAAGUACACUAGAGCAAUCUUAGAUGCUAUUCACUCUGGUGAAUUAUCCAAGGUUGAAUAUGAAAACUUCCCAACUUUCAACUUGAAUGUUCCAAAGUCUUGUCCAGGUGUUCCAUCUGAAAUCUUGAACCCUACCAAGGCUUGGACUGAAGGUGUUGCAUCAUUCGAAAACGAAAUCAAAUCAUUAGCCAGUAAGUUCAGUGAAAACUUCAAGAAGUACUCUGAUCAAGCUACUACUGAAGUUAAGGCUGCCGGUCCAGAUGCUUAA